UCACUGCACGCCCAAUGGUACGAGCAUCUCAAGAGGAUCAAGGAGCCCCCUCUCGUCCUCGUCUCUUCCCUCAACACCAUCAGCGAAAGCCGUUUUGAUCUCCCAGCGCCACCAUGAUCCUUCCCACCGACCACAGCGGCGAGCAUCGACGCUUGUCUGCUCGCCUGCUGAACCUUCUCACCCAGAUCUUUGGGCCUUCGCCCUCUCAGUCGGGGACCAGCGGGUCGGACGGCCAGGUGGCAGACAAAGGUCAAAGCAAAUACGGAGGUGCCGAUCAAAAUGGCGACGAUGACGAUGGCCAAGAGCCCAAUCCUGCCACUUCUCCCUCGCAUGACAAGCCCAUGCAAGGUGGUAGCUCCCCAUCGAGCCCUUCGAUCCCUUCCAAAUCCGGCAAUCCUCGUGCGGACACCGAUGGCGACGCUGGUUCUACGACGAAAUCCAAUUCGUCAUCGACCAAUACCACCAACACAACCAACUCUUCGUCACCGUCAUCUGGCGGCGGCAAUGGUCCGUAUUUCACACCCACCGACCCCAACAACUCGACGCACACCAGUGGCUCGACGAAUAAUGGCACCAAUUCGACGACGGGCUCCGGAGACUCGCAGCAAGGCCAGCAGGGGCAGCUGGGGCAGCAGGGAGGACAGGGUACAGACAAGAACAACAGCACCUCCACGCCUCUGCCCACGCCCACUACUACCAACAACGCCACGACGGGGACCAACGUGACAAACAGCACCACGCCCACCCACACGUCGAGCGGCAAUGCCCCUCAAACGACGCCCAUGCCUCUUCCGGCGGGCAAGAACGACACCGAGCCCACAAAGACGACGGUCUACCUCACGCAGACGAACCCUGCUGGUGGACAAAUGACCAAAACGAUCGUCGACGUGAUGCCACAAGCAACGAGUACCUCCUCUCCCUCGUCGAGCCACGCGGACCAUCCUCACCUACCUCUCGGCCCCGUCAUCGGCGGUGCAGCUGGUGGUCUAGUGGCUCUGGUCCUCCUCAUCUGGCUUAUCUCAAUCCCCCUGCGUCGCCACAAGAAGCAAAAGGACGUUGACGAUAUUCACUGGCAGGCCUUCCCUGUUCAGCACCACACGAGGCAUGGCGUUGGAGAGGGAGAAGACGAAGACGACGAUGACCGGCCGAUGAAUUCGGCCGCCGUCGUCCUUGGUCAUGCCGCUUUCAACAACGAGGGAAGUCAAACCUCCCAAGACGAGAGCAAGCAGCAUCAGCAUCAGCGCCAAGACCCUGAUGGAUCGCGCGAUUACGAGAUGCGCGAGGUUCCCGGACAGACGGGCAAUAACAGUCUUGGCUCUCCUUACGGAAUGACGUCGUACUACCCGUACAGCAACCUCGACGGAGGCUACAAUGCGGACCAUGCGGCGUGGCACCAGCAUCAGAAUACAGGACAAGGCUACGGUGUUGGCAGCUGGUCGUCGCAGGAUCAACAGUACCAGACGCAGCAGGCAGACUACAGCGCCAGGUCGCACAACUCGCACGGCAGCUACCACAUGCAGUCUCCUCCACCCUGGCUUUCGGGCGACAGCCCUCCGCUUCAUUCUACGAGCCCGGCCGCACCGGCAUACAGUCCUCCAGGCCCCACAGCUCUACAGGGUCGACCUUCGCUGAAACAGCACCUCACGCCGCCUCAAGCUACGCCUUCUCCCAGCUCAGUGCUGGGUGUCGGCUCCGUCCGUGGGCGUGACCCUAACAGCAGCCUCGCCGCUUCCUCACCCGAUGCACUCGCUCCCAUCAGCACCAGCGUUGGCCGCGCGGGUAGCAACAAAGGUCUCACCAGCAACUCCAGCCAGAAGAGCCUCGCCGCAUCGGCCACGUCCACGUCCUCUCCAACCUCGCCCUUGAACUAUGCCGCCGCAGCUGCCGCUCUCAUUCCUCCUCCACCUCCCCUAGCCGUUGCAGGGAUGAUCGGCCCCUCGCCUCACCCAUCGCCGGGAGGAGUUACCAACACCACGUCCUCUCACUCUUCAAAGCCUCCUUCUCUCAAGAGCUCCCCUAGCAUGGGUGCUGUAGCCGUGUCGACGGGCGUGGAUGGACAAGGAUUCAAUCGCGGCGCCCCCUACUACUCGCAGGGAGAAGCUCGCUCUGGUGUGACAAGGCAGCGCACCCGCUCUGAUGGAGAGCACACGCCUGUUCGUAACGAUCAGCAGCAGCUUAACCCCUCGCCCUCUCCCGGCACUGGACUGGCAUACAGCCACGAUGAUGAGAUCAUGCUCACAAGCCCACAACAGCAUGCAGAGCCUAUUGUGGGCCCUCGUCCGGCACGCGAGCUCGCUCCCACUCACGGGCCUAUCGACUACUUCUCUUCGAAGAGCCAGACGCCCACGCAAGCCCAGCCUCGACCUUUGCCCCUACACCCUCACCUGCGCAGCAGCAGCAGCAGUCUCGCCCGAAACCGGGCUCAGCCUCAGGGCAACGAUCAGGCCUACGACACAGGCUAUGAUCAAGGGCAGGGGCAACGCGAGUCAGUCAUGCCCUUGCAGCAGGAGAAGCUGGGCAAGUUGAGGAUCACCAAUGCGCUUCCUGAGAGUCCAGGAAUGUGAGCCGCAUUGAGAAGGGCUGGCCACAUCCUCGCCUCUUCGAUACCUAAGUCGAUUCUCUUCACGUCUCUCUCGGUCUGCCAAUCUUCCUCACGUCACCACCUCUCGCUUGCUCAAGCGUCCAGCCUCGCUGGCUCG